AUGGCAAUCGAAACACAAAUCGAGAUUGCCGCAGCCCCUUCUAGGGUGCGAGAAAUUGUGCGUAACCCUUUUCCAUUCUUUUCGUGCCGAAGACUGAAGCAUUUCAAACAGCUACUCGAUUUCUCCAAAUACCCACAAUGGCACACCUCCUUGAUCAAAUUACUCGAACCCGAGGAUAACUCCAAGUCAUUCUCAUCGCUUCAACCAGGCGACAAAAUCAAAUGUAACAUCGACGGCAUGGAAUUCGUCGCAGAUAUCAUGGCAAACACAGAGAAACUCUUCCAAUGGCAAGGCCCACUAGUCUACAGCCUCAUCUCCGGUCUUCACAGUUUUCACUUUGAGUCAGCCAAUAACGAUGGUUCGUCGACUAUAUUCAGACAAACUGAGAAGUUUACGGGGCCGAUUGCGUUUCUCAUGGUGCCUUCACUGCUUGGGAGGAAGUUGUUGGGUCAAUAUAAUCGGUUUAAUAGGGAGCUUAAAGUAUAUGCUGAGGGUUCGGGGUAG